AUGCACGAAGAAAUUCAAGUGCAAACGACUGAAAAUAACAGUAUACUUGAUUUACAAUUAGGAUUUUUAACAAAAAGAGGCAUUGAUCGUGGUCGGUACAAUGUUCAAAAGGUAAAUGAAGUUGCAGCUGUCUUUUCGACUACGGCAGAUGGCGAAAUUCCAGAAACUUACGUGACAAUUUAUAAUAAAUGUAACAAGACACUACAACAAGUCAGUAUAAUGGAUCCAAAUGUAGAACCAUGGAUUUAUCCAUUGUACUAUCCGUACGGUACUCAAGGUUGGCAUGGUAAUUUACGACGCAAAGAUAGUAAUAAACGAAUAAGUAGAGCUGCAUACGUAAAAUAUCGAAUAGCUAUACGUGAUAAUUUUAAUAUUUUUGUCAUGGGAAGACGAUUAUUUCAGCAGUGGCUUGUAGAUAGUUAUGUUAAAAUUGAGAAGGACCGAAUUAAUUAUUGUAAACAGAAUCAAAAACAAUUACGAGCUGAGACAUAUCAAGGAUUAAUUGAUUAUUUAGCAAACGUUGCCAAUAAUAGCGACGCUCACAUUGGAAAAAUGGUUAUACUUCCAUCAACAUUUGUAGGUUCACCGCGUAAUAUGUUGCAACAUUAUCAAGAUGCGAUGGCUAUUGUUCGAAAGUAUGGAAAACCAGAUAUUUUUAUUACUAUGACUUGUAAUCCAAAUUGGCGCGAAAUUAGAGAGAAUUUACUUCCGGGUCAACAACCUGCAGAUAGGCCAGAUAUAUGUGCUCGUGUAUUUAAUAUAAAGAAGGAUUAUUUGAUUGAUGUUAUCGUUAGACAAAAAUUUUUUGGUGAAGUUCUGGCAUAUGUUUACGUAAUAGAAUUUCAAAAACGUGGAUUACCACACAUACAUUUGUUGAUUACAUUAAAACGAAACUGUAAAAUAGUAAAUCCUGAAACAGUUGAUAGAUUUAUCUCUGCGAAAAUUCCUGAUCCUAAUGAAAAUGAAAGUUUACACAAUGUUGUUAUGAAACAUAUGAUUCAUGGGCCAUGUGGAGAUUGGUGUCUAAUAAAUGAUAAAUGUUCGAAACAUUUUCCAAAACCAUUUCGACCUGAGACGACUAUGGAUGAAGAUGGUUAUCCGCAAUAUCGUCGAAGAAAUAAUGGAUUGCUAUAUGAAAGACCUGGGCGUGCCGCAUGUUUAGCAUUAGGACUCAUAGAAGAUGAUGAAGAAUGGUAUCGUGCAAUGAACGAAGCAAAAGUUUGGAUGAUGCCAAGACGACUUCGUAACUUGUUCGUACGAAUUUUGAUUCAUUGUCAACCUGUUUAUCCGAAAAAGUUAUGGGACGAGUUUAAAAAAGAUAUGUCCGAAGAUUAUAUAAGACGAUUUGGACUUAUAAUGGGAAUAAAGAAAGCUUACAAUUAUAUUGACAAUUUGCUUCAAAUAGAAGGAUCUAAUAUUACUAAUUUUCCUGAAAUGGAACAAGAAACAGAGGAACAAGUAAUAAUAGACAAUGAAGAACAGAUUGAGGAGGAUACAUUGAUAGGUAUACGACAAUAUGAACAAUUAAGUGUUGAACAAAAACAAAUU